CACACACACACACACACACACACACACACCACAAGGCAAGAAAAGCCUGACACACUUUCAGGAGAAGUUGCCCAGAGCUUAAUCCCGCCAAUAAUAUUCGUGAAAACUGGUUUGGGGAAAAAAAAAAGAGAGACUUGGCCUCAGCUACCCCUGUCCCGCAUUUCUUAACUGGGUGUGGUUGCGGUUUGGGGAGGAAAUCUCCCCACGAAAGGGGCUGGGCCCAGCGGCUCUUAGCCCAGCUAUCCUUUCCGGCAUCCCUAGCAGUGGGAGAAAGCAGUGGGGGAAAAAAAGGGAAAAUAGAGACCUCAAACAGGCUUCAGGUGCCCGGAUCCACCCUCCAGACAUGGCUGCCCUUUCCCAGGAGCUGGGCACGGCUUUUUACCAACGGCAGCAGCUUCCCGCUUCCAUGGCCGACACAUUUUUGGAACAUAUGUGCCUGUUGGAUAUUGACUCCGAGCCCAUCACCGCCCGGAGCACCAGUAUAAUCUGCACGAUUGGCCCAGCAUCACAGAAGGUGGAGAUGUUACGUGAAAUGAUCAAAGCCGGCAUGAAUAUCGCACGGUUGAAUUUCUCGCACGGAUCGCACGAGUACCACGCCAAAUCCAUUGAAAAUAUCCGGGAAGCCACGAAAAGCUUUGCCACGAAUCCUCUCUUCUACCGGCCCGUGGCCAUCGCUCUGGACACCAAAGGCCCUGAAAUCCGGACAGGGUUGAUCAAAGGGGGCGAGAACAAAGAAGUUGAACUGGCGAAAGGAUCCCGCCUGAUUGUGACCACCGAUCCGGCCUUCCGGGAACAAUGCGAUUCGCAGACGAUUUGGGUGGAUUACGCCAACUUGCCCAAAGUCGUGAGCGUUGGCGGGAGGAUCUUUAUUGACGAUGGGCAGAUCUCCUUGUUGGUCAAAGAACGCCGUCCCGGCAGUUGUGUGGUCGAGGUGGAGAAUGGCGGGACUCUCUGUAGCCGGAAGGGAGUUAACCUGCCGGGGGCUAAAGUGGACUUGCCGGCGUUGUCCCAGCGCGACAGGCAAGACCUGGAGUUCGGGGUUCAACAGGGGGUGGAUAUGAUCUUCGCCUCCUUCAUCCGGAAGGCCGAGGAUGUGAUUGCCAUCCGACAGGCGCUGGGGGAACGCGGCCGUCACAUCAAAAUCAUCAGCAAGGUCGAAAGCCACGAGGGCGUCAAAAGGUUUGAUGAGAUCCUGGAAGCCAGCGACGGCAUCAUGGUGGCUCGCGGGGAUCUGGGGAUCGAAAUUCCCGCCGAGAAGGUUUUCCUGGCUCAAAAGAUGAUGAUCGGCCGUUGUAACCGGGCAGGCAAACCUGUGAUCUGCGCCACGCAGAUGCUGGAGAGCAUGGUGAAGAAACCUCGGCCCACGAGGGCUGAAAGCAGCGAUGUGGCCAACGCCGUUCUGGACGGGGCCGACUGUAUCAUGCUGUCCGGGGAGACGGCCAAGGGGGCCUACGUGGUGGAGGCCGUGCGCAUGCAACAUGCGAUUGCCCGAGAGGCCGAAGCUGCCAUGUACCACCACCAGCUCUUCCAGGAGUUACGGCGCCUGACACCCCUGAGCCAGGACCCCACCGAGGUGACCGCCAUCGGCGCCGUGGAGGCCUCGUUCAAAUGUUGCGCGGCGGCCAUCGUGGUCCUCACCGCGACCGGCAGGUCUGCGCAGAUCCUCUCCCGCUACCGACCCCGGGCUCUCAUUAUAGCCGUCACCAACGAUGAACAGGUGGCCCGCCAAGCGCACCUCAGCCGUGGCAUUUUCCCGGUGCUGUGGCACGGCGAUAUACAAGACGCGUGGGCGGAAGACGUCGAUCGCCGGGUGCAGUUUGGGAUCGAGAUGGGCCGUGUGCGAGGUUUCCUACGCUCGGAGGACGUGGUCAUCAUUGUUACCGGAUGGAGACCCGGGGCUGGUUUCACCAACAUCAUGCGAGUGCAACAGGUGCCGUGAGAAUCACGCCAGGACAAACCCCCCCAGCUGAACACCUGCGCCCCCCCCUCUUUCCCCGCCCCCUCCCUGUUGCUGAAGGCUGCGCUUGUUGGCUGGGAUUGGAAAGGAUUUGGCCCUUCGGCUUAAAGAUACACAGGGGGGGGGAAGUGCCUUGUGGUUCAAUCUGUAGCCCCCCCCCUCGCGAAUGGUCCUGAGCAUUGGUGGGCUGGGGGCACAGCAGGGACCCCCGGCAGGUACAAGGUUUCAAAAAUUAGUUUCGCAUGAUUUGCAAUA